AUGGCCCCCACUCGUCCUCGCCAGUCCACGGCCCGCGUGUCGUACGCAGAGUCCGACUCCGGCGGAGACACCGAGCGCGAACAAACCCCUCGCCCCUCUGCCCACACCCACUCAAAGAAACGCCUCAGUGAGCGCGACCAAGACGGCAGCUUCUCUCUCGACAACAACGCGAAUGCAUCCAAGGGCGCGCAUGGUCGCAUCCCUCUUACCACCGUCAACAUCAAUGACGAUGCCGCGGAGAAGCGCAGGCGCAGGAAGAGUGCUAAGCUUCCUGCUCCCCUUGAUCCCAGCGACGAUCCAGAGGCGGGCCCGUCUUCCAUACCCGCUGGUGGCCCUUCCUCCGACGCGCCCGGAGCUGCAGAAGGCUCCAGGGGUGCUGGCCUCCCAAGAACGAAGAGCCAAAUGCUCAGUAUUCCACAAACUCCAGCUAUUAAUCUUCCUAAGGACGUGAUGGCCCAAAACUACGACCAAUGGAUGAAGAUGGCGACUGACAACAAAAUCAACGCCGCCAACUCUUGGAAUUUCGCUCUUAUCGACUACUUCCACGACAUGUCCCUUCUGCGCAAUAACAACGACAACUCCAUCAACUUUCAACGUGCCUCUUGCACCCUCGACGGUUGUGUCAAGAUUUGGACCUCCCGCGUCGACUCUGUCGGCACUGAGACCGGCAAGCUUCUCAGCAAUCUGGCCAACCGUGUUGACGACGGCGACGACUCUGAUAACCCCUCGGGAGGUGACCCGAGCCAGAGCCAGAAGAAACGGAAAGCAUACCGCAGCGAGUCGACGCUUGCGAAGAACCCCGCUCAGCUGCGCACCAAGAAGCUCGAUCUCGAGUUCAGCGUCGACCCGCUCUUCCGAAAGACAUGCGCCGACUUCGACGAGGGCGGAGCGCAAGGUCUCCUCAUGAACCACCUCGGCCUCACCGUUGCCCCCGACGGUAGCCUGCGAGUCGUCUUUGACGCGAGCGAUUCCGUGGCGAAGGAUGAGGAUGAAGAGGAAGCAGCACCUCUGGAGGAGCCUCGUGAGGACAUGGGUUUGACGCAACUACGAGCGCAAUUCAUGCCGAACUUGGACGAGCUCGACGACUGGGAAAUAUCGGAAUCCCUCGAAGAUUUCGCCUUCGGCAAGGACAGCUUCUCCCAUGACGACACCCUCUUCACUCAAAGCUCCCAGCCAAUUCACGACGAUGAUGACGACGACGACCAAGGAGGGUUCAACCAGUAUGCCGGCUUCGGGGACGUCAUGGAAGUCGACGGUCCUUCAAGUAGCACCGCUCCCGCCGAGGAUUUCUUCGUCGGCGACCAGGCCGUCCCAAACGACUUUGAGUUUGCACCCGACUACGGCGCGGAGGGCGACGGCGGCUCCGUCCACGGCUCCGACGGCGCUCCCGCCGAGGGCCAGCGGGUGGGUCCCGGCGGCGCGUUCGUGCCGUUCGACCCCCGCCGCAUGCCCGGUGACCGCGACCUCUUCACGAUCGACGACGCCGAGGGCGAGAUGGGCGUCCUGAACUACUUCAACACAAAGAACUGGGCGGGCCCCGAGCACUGGAAACUCCGCAAAAUCGUCCGUCGUCCCGACGCGUCGGAAGCAGCUGCCUCCCGUCCCAAGCGCGAGAAGAAGGAGGCGUUCCGGAUCGACUUCCUCACGCCCGCCGAGGAGGACAUCAAAGCCCGCCAGAAGCGGCUCUUCGCCCCUGCCACUCGCGGGCCCGGUAUCAACCUUCCUGGGCCGUCGACCGCGAAGGGCCGGAAGCCGCGCGGGAAGAAGGGCAAAGGAAAGGAAGACAAGCGGUUCGAUCAAACAUUACCGGACGACAUGCACUUCUCGAGCAAGCAGCUCGUCACGCUCUUCCUCAAGCCUAAAUUCUCCCUCAAGAUGCGUGGUCAGCGCAUACGCACCGACGGCAAAGUCGAGGACGAGAUCGACGAAGCGUUCUGGGCGAGAGCCGCGGCAGACAAAGCCGCGGGUCCAAGCGACGACGCGCUCGAUCCCCCGCCAUUCAACACCCAGUUCUUCAACGACGAUGAUGACGACGGUCCUGGUUUCGAUGACUUUGAUGGCGCCACCGCGGCCGAGAUCGACGAGUCUCUCGGGCCGAUGCAGGCGUCGAAGCGCGUCAAGCCCGAGGCGGUCAACUACGCCAAGCGUGCGAAGCGCGUCGACGUCCGCAAGCUCAAGGAGAACAUCUGGAAAGGGCUCGACAUCAGCGCGCCAGCGGUAGAAGGGGAAGAGGACAUGGAAACCGAGGAGCGGCCACCAACAGACCCCGACGACGGACGGUCGUUCACGUCGGUCAUUUCGGGGCUGCAGCAGUCGUAUACGAAGGACAGGAUGGACGAGAUUAGCACGAGUUUCUGUUUCAUCUGUCUCCUUCACCUUGCGAACGAGCGGGGGCUGAAGAUCGAGGUGGACGGCAAGGAAGAGGCGCAAGAAGACGCGAUGGAAGUCGAUCCCGAGGACCGCAAGGUCGGCAACCUAUGGGACUUGAAGGUGUAUCGAGACCCGAACGCUACUCCGGCGUCAUAG